AUGUCGUCGACUCUCCUACGAACUUCUCCCGCUCUGCGGAGUGCCCUCCGCGCUCGUGCUCUGAAGCCGGCUGCUGUGGCCGCAAGCACCCAGUUUGUCCGCGGAAAGGCUACUCUGCCGGAUCUUCCGUACGACUAUGGCGCACUCGAACCGUACAUCUCCGGCAAGAUCAUGGAGCUUCACCACAGCAAGCACCACCAGACCUACGUCAACGGCCUCAACAGCGCCCUCGACAGCAUUGCAGAGGCCGAGUCCAAGGGCGAUCUGACCAAAGCCGCCGGGGUCGCGCCCCUCCUGAACUUCCACGGAGGCGGUCACGUCAACCACAGUCUCUUCUGGGAGAACCUCGCUCCCGCCAGCCAGAACGGUGGCGGCGAACCUGACGGCGAGCUCAAGAACGCCAUCGACACUGAUUUCGGUUCCUUUGACACGCUCAGGAAGCAGACAAAUGCGGCUCUGGCUGGGAUUCAGGGCAGCGGCUGGGCAUGGCUGGUCAAGGACAAGGAGAGCGGCACGCUGGGCCUGGUGACGCGCGCCAACCAGGAUCCCGUCACUGGAUCGCUCGUCCCGCUGCUCGGCAUUGACGCCUGGGAGCACGCCUACUACCUGCAGUACCAGAACCGCAAGGCAGAGUACUUUGAUGCCAUCUGGAAUGUCAUCAACUGGAAGACCGUCGCUGAGCGCUUCAGCAAAGCAUAA